GUGAUCGUGAUGUCUCCUUCCUUGCUCGUCUUCGCUGUGUAACUUUCCUUCUUCUUCUUUAUCCCGGUUUUAGUUGAUUUUCAAGCGGGAGAGGAGGAGAAAGAGAUGUCAAACCAUCCGAAGAUCUCAUGUGUAUCUUCGGCGCAUCAGAAUCUGGUGGAGAAGCUAAUGGAACUCCAGGAGAGGUUCGGCCAUCUUCAGGCUGCUAGGAAGGAAGGGCGGUUCAGCGAUCAUGCAAUGUUGGAAGCCCAAAUCUCUCAGAAUCUCCGUGAGUGGCAAGCAGAACUCAGUGCUCCUUCCCCAGAAUCUUCUCUUCUGGGUGGAAGUAUUAGCCAGUUCUCUGAGGAGAUUGCCCGUUUGUUGAAACUAAACGACGAAGAGGAUGAUGCAACUAGUUCGUUAAAGGAACACGCUGCACCGAAUCCCUGUGGUUUUGCUCAAAGCUCCUGCCCCUUGGAAUGGACACCUGAGCCUUUCAUUCAAAGUCCUUCUAACGUUGAUUUCUCCAGUGGUUUUGGGGAUGAUGUUAAUAACAACGCAACACAUGACCAGCUACUCAACUUUUCAUUCGAAGACUUCGAUCCAAGCAUUAACACUGCUACUGACUUCCAUGACCAAAAGCUUAGCGAACUGGAUAUAACUUCUCAGUUGGAUUACCAUCUCUCAGAAGUGCGCCAGGAAUUGAGCAACAGCCCUUCCGUUAAGCUUGAUGUUCCUGGGGAGUCUGAAACUUAUGCUGAGUUUACUACUCCACCAAGUGUCCGUGUGCUUCCUUCUGCGUUUUUGGGACCAAAGUGUGCACUAUGGGACUGCACAAGGCCUGCUCACGGCUCUGACUGGUUCCAGGACUACUGCCAUGAGCACCAUGCGAAUCUAGCUCUUAAUGAAGGUUCCCCUGGCGCAGCGCCUGUUUUAAGACCUGGGGGCAUUAGUUUGAAAGAUAAUCUGUUGAUUGAUGCUCUUCGUGCAAAGACUCUGGGUAAGAAUGUUGGCAUCCCAGCGUGUGAAGGAGCUGUUAACACAAAAUGCCCGUGGAACGCAGCAGAGCUAUUUCAUCUUGAGCUGCUUGAAGGCGAAACGAUUAGAGAAUGGCUCUUCUUCGACAAACCUAGAAGAGCGUAUGACAGCGGAAACCGAAAGCAAAGAUCACUUCCAGAUUACAGUGGACGAGGCUGGCAUGAAUCAAGAAAACAGCUGAUGAAAGAACAAGAAGGCCAGAAGAGAUCCUACUAUAUGGACCCACAACCUCCUGGUCCCUUCGAGUGGCAUCUGUUUGAAUACCAGAUCAAUGAGUCUGAUGGGUGUGCGUUAUAUCGACUUGAGCUCAAAGUAACGAACGGAAAGAAGAGUCCGAAGGGAAAGGUUGCAAAAGAUCCUCUAGCUGAUCUGCAGAAGAAGAUGGAGAAGAUGGGACAGUUGACACCUGACUUGGCUUCAGACAAGGCCUCUCCUCCAACCAAAGGUCGUACAAAGGCUUCCAAAGGAACCACUGACUUAUGGCGUGAUGCUUGGGAGUUGAUAGUCAUUUUUUAUAUGUACGGAGUGAGCAGCUCUGUUCUUUUGGUCAGAGCUAAACCAACGUUGGAGCAGCUUCAGGCCCAUUUCUUCUUCUUCUGUCCUUCUCACAGAUUCAACGGGCUUGUUUUCUUCACUUGGAGCCCACUUCGUUUUGCUUCAUUAAACUCUGCGUUUUUUACUUUGGCAUCCAAACAUAAAAAAACAGCAAACAUGUCUAUAAACGAGAUUAGGCUAUUGCACUGCGUGUCGUCUUUAUUAUUCGCCGUCGCCGUCGCCGCCGUCAGUUCGACCCCUCCCCUCGUCGGUGUUCAUCCAUUAGAUGAAAAGUAUUUCGACUCAGAGAUUAUCAGAUGCAAAGAUGGCUCCAAAUCAUUCCCUAGAGACCGUCUGAACGACAACUUUUGCGAUUGUCUCGACGGCACCGAUGAACCUGGAACUUCGGCUUGUCCAAAUGGAAGAUUUUACUGCAGGAACAUAGGAAGUUCUCCAAAGUUUGUUUAUUCUUCUCGUGUAAACGAUCGAAUCUGUGGUUUGAAGCUUUUCUACGCCCUUCAGCUGGUUUUGAUUGGUUUCUUGGUGAUCUUAUGGUUUCUUAGGCGUCGUGCUCGGUCUAAGAGGAGAGGCUAUGUUCUGAAGAAUGUACAUCCCAAUAUGUCAGCUAGCUAAACUCUUAGGAACUCUUUGAUUUUAGUUUCUUGAAGCUUUUACUUAGAAACUGAUUGUUAAAAUCAUCUGUGUCGUGUGUUAUGAGUAGCUUAAAAGUGUAUCAAUAUUAUCUUUUGCACAAUGUCUCCUUA